GGGCGAUGCAGUCGCGGAAAUGAAUGUGGAAAGACGAUACGCUUUUCGAGGCUUGCAUCAUGGAUAAGUUUGUCGUACGGAAACCCAGAACUCAAGAAUGUCCUAAGAAGAAAGAUCCCGGAGAAAAGAUUUACAAGCAAGCCACUUUAGAGUCUCUGAAGAGAGUUGUGGUUGUAGAAGAUAUAAACAGAUGGAAAUCUAUGCUAGAGCUUUCAGUUCAAACUAAAGAGAAUCUAAUUGUGGCCUUAGAAGAACUAAGGAAAAAAAUUCCCUCCAAAGAAAUUCUCCGUUCCACAAAAAUAGGUCAUACGGUGAACAAAAUGCGCAAGCAUUCAGACCAGGAUGUGGCCACUCUUGCAAAAGCCGUGUAUACAGAGUGGCGAACAUUCAUCAAAGACCACUCAAACAGACCCUCAAUAGAAGUGCGAAGCAGUCCUAAAACAGAGAGCCUUCGAAAGAGUGCACAGAAGCUACUUGCUGAAGCUCUACAGAUGGAGAUUGGUCACCCGCUGGUGGAAAAUAUUGAGCGAGAAGCUUUUCAUCUGUCUUCCCGUCUCAUUAACGUGCCCUACCGCAGGACCGUGCGAGCCCUUGUGUUUGCUUUAAAGCACAAGCCUGAAACUCUAGCAAAAGUCCAAAAUGGCAUGUUGUCACCUAGCACAUUUGUACAAAGCCACAAGAAGUGACUCAGGUGCCUGGCACAGGUUUGGGGGGUUGGCAUGACUGCAUCCUGUAAAGAAAUAUGGAGCCUCUUCUGUCUUUCAGAGUAACAGAAUAACAUUAACAGUGGCAAUCAGUAACAUUAGAGGAACAGGAAUAUUUCAGGAAGUCCAUUG